AAGCAACUGAAGAUAAUAAUCAAUAUAAAAUAAGCUCAUCAACAUUUUUUAGAAUAUGGAAAAAAUUUUUACCACAUAUAAAAAAAUUAACUCCACGAAGUGAUUUAUGUUUAAAAUGUAAAGAUAUGCGAUUUAAUGCUAAUUAUUGGACAGUAGAAGAAAAAGAAAGCAAAGUAUUAGAAUGGCAUAAUCAUAUUGAAUGGGCACAUAAAGAAAGAGAAAACUAUAAAAAUUAUAUUAAUAUAGCACGUAAUGAUAUUCAAAAAUUUGAAAUUAAUAAUUUAAUACAUCCUGGAAAACCAAAUUCAUUAGAUAUUACAAUUCAUCUUUCUUGGGAUUAUGCACAACAAAUUCAAUUACCACAUUCAUCUCAACAAGAAGGAGAAGUUUAUUUUAAAUCUUUAUAUAAAGUUCAUUUAUUUGGAAUAUGUGAUGAUGUAUUUCCACGCCAA